UCCGGUAGGGAUCUGGUCUGAAAGUAUUGUUUUUUUUCUGAUCGGUUGGGCGUGCGGUAAAAUCGAACAAAUGUUGUUUUGCUGUUGACCGCUGUCUGCAACCUCCCUGAAUGCCUACGGACACGAAGUACUAAUCUGCUAUCUGUCCUAACCCUUCCCUCUAACUGAGUAAACAGUACAGCCUGAUUCUGAUUAGAUUGUUGUUCUAUGUGUGAACUCUAGUCCGAAUUUUAUUUUAUUUUAUUUGAAAAAAAAUAAAAUAUUAACUGGGUAUGGUUGACGGCGCAGCCUCUGGCGGUUCUGGGAAUGACAAAGGCAAGGAUCCUGUGGUUCCCAAAACCGCCAUUGAGCUGGAGAUUGAGAAGGAGGAGGCGGUUGCAGAGGAAAGCUGCAAGAGGAUUGAGAAGCUGAGGAGAGAGAAGGAUGAAGGAGACCGAAAGGCUCAGAAUGAGGCCAGACGGGCAGUGCUGGCAGAACAUUUCUUGGCCGCUGAAUCUGAUGAAAGAUUCAGUGACACUAACAGGAAGUUGGCUGAGUGGAUCCGUUUGGGGUUCACUUCAAUCAAAGAUGCCCUCACUGCCUGGAUGGACCGGGCUGCUGCAAUAGAAGACCGUUUGACUACAGUUGAAGCCAAACAAUCUUCUAUUGUAGAGUCCCUGGAUCGAAUCAGGCAAGAUCUCAUUACCUCUCCCCACUCAGCUACCUCUACUCCUCGUCAGUCAGUCAAACCCGAACCUAAAUCGGUUCCUACUCCCCCUGCAACACCACCCCCUUCUCCCAAGGGAAAGCUUGCUUCGCCUAAUAAGCAACAGGCUGUCCCUGAGGAUCUCAGACUGGGUGCUGGCAGCUCAGGCCAGCAGGAACAACGUUUCCCCAAGAUGAUGCAACCUGACAAAUUCAUUGGUGAUGACGCCAAAGUGGAUGUGUCAGAUUGGAUCGCUUCAAUGAAGUCCUAUCUGAGGGGAUUCAUCUGCCCAGAGGUUAACAAGGUGCAGUCCACUGUGGCCCUGUUCGGUGGGUCAGCAUUGAAGUGGGCGACCUCUGAGGGUACCAAGUCUCAGCAGCAGUUAUCAGAUUGGGCUGUUGCAGCAGGAUUAGAGACCAUCUUCCAGGGUCUGGAGGCGAGGUUUGCAGACAAAGAGAAGGCCCGCAAAGCUGCAGACGAGCUGGUUAGUCUUGGCCAGACAAAGUACAGGGGUUCCCUGGCCAAGCUCUAUGCAGAAUUUGAGCGCCUCACCUCUACUUCCGGUUUGGAGAUGUUUGACAUGGACCAACUGACUUGGUUCAUCAGGGCAGCUCCUGAGAAAUAUACCACGGCCUUGUACUUUGCAGGACACAAGGAUUGGCGAUCUUUUGGCCGAGCAGCCUUGGACAUGGAGGCAACACUCCACGUUCAGUCCAUUCCCCAGAAGGGAGGCAACCCCUCUUCCCAGAGUAGGAGGAAGGGAAAGGGGAACUUGUACGCCAUGGCGUCUGAUGAUGACUCUGCAGGCACUAGCCAGGGGGGAUCUACUCCCCCAGCUGGCCAGGGUGCAGGAGCAGACCAGGCUGCUCAAUUGCUGGCCCAGGCACUGCAAGCCCUCACUGGAGGCAAGCAGUUUCAGGGACAAAAGCCCUCCUCUCCUAAGGGGUCAGACAAAUGCCCCAAUGGUCCCCAACAGCAAAACCUCCCAAAGUUUGCCAAGUGCCCAGCCAAUUCAGAUUCCUCCCCUUCUCAGAUUGAUCUUUCCAUUCAACGGGUGGUUGAUGAGUUUUCUGAUUUGGCUCAGGAGCCUAUUGGACUGGUCCAUAGGCAGACCAAGCAUCAUAUUCAGAUUCUGCCUGACUCUACCCCUCCUAAGGGAAGAGUCUAUAGGAUGUCACCUGUUGAACUGGAUGAGUUGAGGAAGCAGCUAGAGUCCUUGACAGAGAAGGGAUGGAUCAGGCCCAACUCAUCUGAGUAUAGGGCACCAGUUCUCUUUGCUCCAAAGGGAAAUGGUGAACUCAGGAUGUGCAUUGACUAUAGGGGCCUAAACAAGAUCACUAGGAAGAGCUUUGUGCCCUUGCCUAGGAUCGAUGACCUGGUGGACAUGGUGCAGGGUUGCAAAGUCUUCAGCAAAAUUGAUCUGAAAUCCGGGUAUCAUCAGAUCGAAAUGGCUAAAGAGGAUGUGCACAAGACCCGGUAUAGCACCUAUGAGUUCCUGGUCAUGCCUUUUGGUUUGUGUAAUGCACCAGGGACAUUCCAAACUGAAAUGAAUAGGAUUUUCAGACCCUUCCUUGACCGCUUUGUUGUUGUGUACCUGGAUGACAUUCUGGUUUUCAGCAAAGAUGUCAAGGAACAUGCAGACCACCUCAGGAAAGCUCUGCAGGUCCUGAGAGAACAUAAGUAUAAACUGAACAAAGAGAAAUCAUCAUUUGGUGUUUCCUCUGUUUUAUACUUAGGUCAUGUGAUUUCUGCAGAUGGUUUAUCCCCUGAUGCCUCUAAAGUGGCUGCUGUCAGGGAAUGGCUACAACCACAAACUGUGAGGGACAUCAGAUCUUUGAUGGGGUUAGCCUUUUACUACAGGAAGUUUAUCAGAAACUUUUCCUCUAUUGCUACACCCCUGACAAAUCUGCUAGCUAAGGAUGUUCCCUUCAGGUGGACAACCACUUGUCAGUUAGCUUUCUCCAGAUUGAAGAAAACACUCACCCAAACACCUGUGCUGAAAUUGUCUAACCCUACCUUGCCAUUUGUGUUGACCACAGAUGCAAGUCAAUAUGGCGUUGGUGCAGUGCUUCAGCAAGAUGAUGGGACUGGUCUGAAGCCGGUGGAGUUCAUGAGUAAGAAAAUAAAGGUGCAAAAAAUUCAGGCAUCUACUUAUGAAAAGGAACUGAAUGCUCUCGUCUGUGCCCUUAAACAGUGGAAACAUUUCUUGCUUGGGAGACACUUCAAGAUCUAUUCUGAUCACUCCACUCUACAGUGGAUGAAGACCCAAGGUGAGUUAAAUGAUAAACUGGAAAGGUACAUUCAGUUCAUUGACGGAUUUGACUUUGAACUGAAGCACAAGAAGGGAUGCUAUAAUAGGGUUGCUGAUGCGUUGUCACGUAGACCUGAUUCAUUUGCUGCCAUUGUUGACACUUACUCCUUUGCUGAUUCCACCAGACAGGCCAUCGCUGAUGCGUUGCCUCAGGACCCAGUCUUUGGCCAUAUUCUUAGGAAUCUACAGGGUGACCCCAAUUCUGAGUCAGGCUAUGCCUUGACUUCUGGCUUGCUGUACACAAUCAGCGAGGGGGAAGAGCGUCUGUGCAUCCCUAAUGAUCGCAAGAUCAUUACUCAUCUGAUCUCAGAGAGUCAUGAUGCUCGCGGACACUUUGGGUUCUUAAAGACGUAUGCUGCCCUGACCCARCGCUUCUAUUGGUCUAAGAUGAAGGACGAUAUCCUGCAUUACUUGGAGACCUGCGAGUUGUGYCAAAGGAAUAAGGUYCACARGCGGCCUCCUAUGGRACUACUCAAACCUCUAYCUAUCCCUGAUGGUCCAGGUGAGUCAGUGUCCAUUGACUUCACAGACCUGGGCAAGACUACGCCACGUGGGAUGAGACAGGUAAUGGUUUGUGUUGAUCGAUUCUCUAAGUAUGUUGAGUUUAUCCCCUUACCUGCUGAGGCCAGAGUACCUCUGGUCAGAGAGCUCUUUUGUGAGAGGUGGGUAAAUGUCCAUGGGUGCCCAACCUCCAUUGUCAGCRACAGAGAUCCCARAUUUUGCAGYGAUGAUUGGCAGUCCUUCUGUAAGGACUACCUACAUUCUAGACUAGACAUGACCUCUGGGAGACAUCCGGAAGCCAAUGGACAGGCUGAAGUGAUGAACCAGGUCUUGUUUCAGUUGCUGCGCCCUGUGAUCACGCCUGAUCAGCAGGACUGGGACAGACAUCUGUCACGGGCGCAACUAAUGUAUAAUACAUCUGUUCACAGCACUACAGGCUUUACACCCUACAGGCUACACUUUGCAAGAGACCCCAGGCAACCUCUGGAUGAUCUAAUCGACAAGUCUAAGCCUAAACUAACUCCUGGCACGGCCGAGUUCACCAAGAGUUAUGAGAAAGACCUAGAGAAAGCUAGAACAAACAUGUUCAAGGCCCAGAAGAGGAUGAUCGAACAGGCUAAUAAGCAUCGCUCUCCCUCUACUAUUGGCCAGGUCACUGGGUCUGGGUGAAAAGAUCUGAACUAACUGAUGAGCAGGAUAUUUCAAGAAAGUUGUUGCCUGUCUACUAUGGCCCAUGGAAGGUACUUGAUACGGUGGGGGCAGAUCCACUUGGACCUUCCUAUGUGCUUGCUGUACCGCCUCAUAUCAAGACCUAUCCGGUCUUCCAUGCCUCAAAACUGCCUCCUUUCACGUCUGCUGAUGCAUUCCCUGAUAGGCCCCCGCAGUUUGGACCCCCAAUCCCUGGAAAGGGAUACGAAGUUGAGAGCAUCGAAGAUCAGUGGGGCACAAGCCCCAACUGUGAAUUCCUUGUGAAGUUCCUUUUCCAACCUCACACAGAGGACCGAUGGUUGAACUUCUCAAGUCUGCAAAUUCAGUUGUACACGCCUAUGAGGCUGAACAGAAGAGGCAACCUCUCAGACGUUCUCCUCGUGGACACUCCUAGCUCGGGGUCCUCGCUCCCCGGGAGGGUAGGAAUGCAAUGAAUUGCAGGGAAAUGC